ACCUACGGAGCACCUGGAGUGCCGACUUGGCAGAAUCCACCUUCGGGAGUAUACCGGGCAUAUGUUACUGGGCCAAGAAAACCUGGUGAAGAAGGCCCAGGACUCUCCGGACGAUGGACUCAUGAACCGAUUUUAGGUCCGGGGGCAGAAAUGCCGAGAGAAUGGCAUAAUGGGCCGAUUAGAGGACAGCCUGGCGUAGGAGGCCCCGGGGGAUGGAAUAAUGGACCGAUUGGAGGACAGCCCGGUGCAGGAGGCCCGGGAGGAUGGAAGUAUGGACCGCUCGGCGGACCGCCCGGCCUUCCUACCCCGGUUCCUUCGGGAGGAUGGAACAAUGGACCGACCAACACCAACCAAGACUUGGCCAAGAAGGCAGACUCGGAGAAGCUGACGGUGGACACAUCGGGGUCUUCGAGUCCUCACGAGGUGCACUUCGCGCUGUCCCUGGUGCCGCUGCUGCGCGCGCAGCCGCUGCCCGCCAGGCUUCAGAAGGAAGCUGACAUCUUGAGAGCCUUUGCGCCGGUAGAUACACCAGGAUUUUACAGGCCUUUUGAGUCAUCAGGCCUCGACUGGUAGGGCGUGGUAUGAUCAUACUAAUACCUAAGACAAACAUUGGCAAUCCGUUUACAAUUGAGAUGUAUAAAUAUAAGUACGUACCUACAUUAAAAUCAAUCAUUGUUCACUAC